AUGACGGUAUAUAAUAACGGUCUCCAAGAAACUCCGAUUUGGUUCCAAGAACGGCAUGGUCAUCAAUGUUCAAAUACUUUGUCAUCAAUGUUCAAAUACAUCCUUUGCAUACUCAACCUGCUUUACGCCCUAUUCGGGCUCGCGUUAUUCCUCGGCGGCGUCACAUUUUGUAUAUAUGUGGCACAAUUCACCGCCUUGAGGAACACCCAUCACUACAAACUAGACUUCAGCUUGUACUGGCCUCAAAUCAUCCCCGUCGUUGCCUGCUUGGCUGGAAUCUUCGUGAUCUUCGUCAGCUGUUGCGGCUGCUGUACUGCCGCCAAGGACAAUAAAGGAUUCACUAUUAUGCAGUCGAUCUUCAUCAUCAUCACCUUAAUAGUGCUUAUCACCAGUGCGGCCUUAACCUUGAAAUAUGGAGACAAUGAAGAAACAGAUGUGUACUUAACAGACGCUUUAACUGAUGGAUUCUCCGAAGCUAAAACGAGUCCAAACCACCAGGAAAUGUUUUCAAAGAUUGAGAGCUGGUUAGAAUGCUGUGGUGCUGAAGGCUCAUCAAGUUACAGACCUCACGGAGUGACGGUUUUACCAAAAACCUGCUGCGGAUAUCCUGAAGAUUCAAACCAGAGGUGUGAAUUCACUUCUAAGGAAGCUACAGAUAGGCACGGUUGUGUGAAAGUUGUAGUUUCUUACAGUAGAUUGUUCUUAAGAGUUUUAGCAGCGACGGCAGUGGUCGCUGCCUUUUUUGGAAUCCUAAGUUUAGUAGCGACUUUAGCUUUAUCGAUAGGGUUAAAGAAAAAACCAGCAGUGUAUGAAGCGACGGACAUUGAGACGAAGAAAGGACUUUUGUAAAGUGUUGUGUUGUGUGAAGAGAGUCAAGCUUUAAUGUCCCGCCGUUCGGGUGGAACUUCUCAAGUUUUAUUUUGAAAACUUUCAAGAAGUUUCAGCGUUUGUUAGUUGAGGUGAAAUUGUAUGUUCAAAGGUUAGUUGCAAUAUUUUCUCAAUGUUCACUGAUUUAAAUAGUUUGAAUGCAUUGUGUCUGUGGGUGAGUGUGUGCGUGAAUGCUUAAUAUUUAUUAUUUAAAACGCGAAUGGUGAGAUAACCAAAGAAUAAACAUAUGAUGUAGUUUUUACUUAUGUAUAAUAGUGUCAUUUGAAAGAUAAAUCAUUCAUUUAUUCAAAGAUAAUUUUAAUUCUUAAACUAAAUGUUGUGAACAAACAUUGUGAAUUCGU